AUGAUAAAAAAAAAAAUAGAAAGUUUAAACAAAAAUUCAAAAAAAGAACUUAAAUCAACACAAAAACAUGGAAGAAUUAACCAAGCAUUUGAUAUGUUAUUGCAACCUCAAUUCAACAAAAAAUCUUUAAUAGAUCCAGUUAAUACUUUAGAGGAUAAAUGGCAUCUAUUACCUGCUUUUUUAAAAGUUAAAGGACUCAUUAAGCAACACACGGAUUCUUUUAAUUAUUUUGUUGAUGUAGAUCUUAAGAAAAUUGUUAAAGCUAAUGAAAAAGUAAUAAGUGAUGUUGAGCCAUGGUUUUAUUUAAAAUAUAUUGAUAUUCAAGUUGGAUUUCCUACACGCCAAGAUCAAGAUGCAAUUAAUAAUUCAAUCGCACCUCAUGAAUGUCGACUAAGAGAUCUUACGUAUUCCGCACCUAUUAUGGUAGAUAUUGAAUAUACAAGAGGAAAACAAGUGGUAAGACGAAAAGGCGUUCAAAUUGGUCGUUUACCUAUUAUGUUAAGAAGUAAUAAAUGUAUUUUAUUUAACAAAACAGAAACACAAAUUAUAAGAAUGAAUGAAUGCCCACUUGAUCCAGGAGGAUAUUUUAUUGUUAAAGGAACAGAAAAAGUUAUUCUUGUACAAGAACAACUGAGCAAAAAUCGUAUUAUUGUUGAAGCAGAACCAAAAAAAGGUUUAGUACAAGCAUCUGUUAUUAGUUCUACACACGAACGUAAGUCUAAAACAUAUGUAUUAACUAAAAAUGCAAAGAUAUAUCUUAAGCAUAAUUCUAUUGCUGAAGAUGUUCCAAUUGUAUUAAUAUUUAAAGCAAUGGGAUUUCAAUCAGAUCAAGAGAUUCUCGAACUUAUUGCAGGUUCAGACCCUAAUUAUCAAGAUAUGUUUGCUAUUAAUAUUGAAGAGUGUGCUAAACUUAAAAUAUACACUCAGCAGCAAGCAUUAGAAUAUUUAGGUGCUAGAGUUAAAAUUUCUAGAAAGAAUUCUGAACUUUCUCAAAGAAGGCCUCCUUCUGAAGAAGCUUUAGAAGUCUUAGCUGCUAUUGUUCUUGCUCAUAUUCCAGUAGAGAAUUUAAAUUUUAGACCCAAAAUAAUAUACUUUGCAAUUAUGACAAGAAGAGUAUUAAUGGCUAUAAAGAAUCCAAAAAUGGUAGAUGAUCGUGACUAUGUUGGAAAUAAACGUUUGGAACUUGCAGGACAACUUCUUUCUCUUUUGUUUGAGGAUCUUUUUAAAACCUUUAAUCGAAAUUUGAAACUAAAUAUUGACAAAGUACUUAAAAAACCUAAUAGAACCCAAGAAUUCGAUGCGUAUAAUCAAAUUUCAAUACAUGGUGAUCAUAUAACAUCUGGAAUGAUUAGAGCUAUAUCAACUGGAAAUUGGUCUUUAAAAAGAUUUAAAAUGGAAAGAGCAGGCGUUACUCAUGUUUUAAGUCGUUUAAGUUACAUUAGUGCACUUGGAAUGAUGACACGAAUAUCUAGUCAAUUUGAAAAAACGAGAAAAAUAAGUGGGCCUAGAGCUUUACAACCCUCUCAAUUUGGAAUGUUGUGUCCUUCUGAUACACCAGAAGGAGAAUCAUGUGGUUUAAUUAAAAAUCUGGCUUUAAUGACACAUAUAACUACUGAUAAUGAUGAAGAGCCAAUAGAAAAAUUAGCUUUUGUUCUUGGAACAGAAGACAUAAGUUUAAUAACUGGACAUGAACUUUAUGCUCCUGGAACAUAUGUUAUUUAUUUAAAUGGAAUAAUUCUUGGAAUUACACGUUUUCCAACAAUUUUUGUAUCAAACUUUCGAAAACUUCGUAGAAAAGGACAAAUAUCAGAAUUCAUUAGUAUACAUAUUAAUCAUCAUUAUUCCUCAGUACAUAUAGCAUCUGAUGGAGGCCGAAUAUGUCGUCCAUUAAUUAUUGUAGAAAACGGGAAGUCUAAAGUAACUUCACAACAUUUAGAAGCUUUGAAAGCAGGAAAAAUGACAUUUGAUGAUUUUUUAAAAAGAGGUCUAGUAGAAUAUUUAGAUGUUAAUGAAGAAAAUGACAGUUAUAUAUCAAUAUACGAAAAUAAGAUUUCAGAAUCAACUACUCAUUUGGAAAUUGAACCAUUUACUAUAUUAGGAGCAGUAGCAGGUUUAAUACCAUAUCCUCAUCAUAAUCAAUCUCCUAGAAAUACUUAUCAAUGUGCUAUGGGGAAACAAGCUAUUGGAGCUAUUGCAUGGAACCAAUUACUAAGAAUUGAUUCUUUAUUAUAUUUAAUGAUUUAUCCUCAACAACCUCUUGUGAAAACAAAAACAAUUGAUUUAAUAGGAUAUGACAAGCUUCCAGCAGGACAAAAUGCAAUUAUAGCUGUCAUGAGUUUUUCGGGAUAUGACAUAGAAGAUGCUUUAAUAUUAAACAAAGCAAGUAUAGAUAGAGGGUUUGGUAGAUGCCAAGUUAUAAGAAAAUAUGCUACAACUAUUAAACGUUAUGCUAAUGGAUCAUAUGAUCGCCUUGAAGGACCUAGUAGAAAUGAAGAAGGAGAUGUAGCAUGGAAAUACGAAGCUUUAGAGGAAGAUGGUCUUGCUGGAGUUGGAGAGAAAAUUGAGUCAGGACAAAUUUAUAUUAACAAACAAAUACCUACAAAUGCAAAUGAUAAUACAAUUGCUACUAGGAUUCAACAGCAUGAAUUAUCAUGGAAAGCAAGUCCUAUGAUAUACAAAUCAUUUGAGCCAGGAUACAUUGAUAAAAUAAUGUUAACUACUACUGAUUCAGAUCAGACACUUAUAAAAUGUUUAGUUCGUCAAACUCGUAGACCUGAGCUUGGUGAUAAGUUCUCUUCACGACAUGGUCAAAAAGGUGUCUGUGGUCUUAUUGUACAACAAGAAGAUAUGCCUUUUGAUCAAAAUGGAAUAACACCUGAUAUUAUUAUGAACCCUCACGGUUUUCCAUCUCGUAUGACAGUAGGAAAAAUGAUUGAGCUUCUAGCAGGAAAAGCUGGCGUUUUAAGUGGAACAUUACAAUAUGGGACAGCAUUUGGAGGAAGUAAAAUAGAUGAUAUGAGUCAAAUUUUAAUUGAAAAUGGCUAUUCAUAUUCCGGAAAAGAUGAGCUUACUUCAGGAAUAACAGGGGAAUCACUUCAAGCAUACAUAUUUUUUGGCCCUAUUUAUUACCAAAAAUUAAAACAUAUGGUCCUUGAUAAAAUGCAUGCACGCGCAAGAGGUCCAAGAGCAAUUCUAACACGACAGCCAACAGAAGGGCGGUCCAGAGAUGGUGGUUUGCGGUUAGGAGAGAUGGAAAGAGACUGUCUAAUUGCAUAUGGCGCUUCACAACUUCUUCUUGAGCGUUUAAUGUUAUCAUCUGAUGCAUUUAAAGUCGAUAUUUGUGAAGCAUGUGGUCUUAUAGGUUACAAAGGCUGGUGUAACCGCUGUAAAAGCACAAAAGAUGUUGUCAAACUUACAAUUCCUUAUGCUGCUAAACUUUUAUUUCAAGAACUCAUAUCAAUGAAUAUUAUACCUAAGUUAAUUCUACAUGACGAAUUUUAA